CCCCCCUGGAGGGACCAACAGGUGUCCAUACCGCUACUUCCCAGACGUCUGUUCAGAACUUCGAAGCGAAUGCAGCCGUAACGACGAGGGAAGAGCAGCGGCAUCGGCAUCUUUUCCUCUUCUCAGACGCGACGUGGACGUGAGAGGGGCGAAAAUGAAACACUCUCCCCCUCCCGAUCUGCUGCAAGGUGGCCGAGUACGCCUUGCCCGCCACCGUCUCGCUGUAGCGCAGCUGGCCGGCGGCGUCGUAGCCGAUCUCGUAGCUCUGGGCGCCCCCCUCGCCGUAGCACCAGGUCCCGAUGAGCGCGGGGAUCACCGCGGCCUCCUCACGCCUGGCGGCCUCCUCGGAUGCCGCGGCCUCCUCACGCCUGACGGCUUCCUGCUCCUCGACCAGCUGCACCACCUCGUCGAUGGACGAACCUCCGGCGCCGCCAUCACCACGUUGCCCACGUAGAGCAGCGCGAUCCCAGACAGGGCCAGGAACGCAACCGCCACGACCCGGUCCGUGUCCAGCACGAUCGCAAAUGGAUCUUCCUGGCUAAAUUCAGGCAUAUGAAGAAUACGUCCUGGAACGAAGCGAACAGCAAAAUACCGCCUAUGAUGUUUACGAGACUCCUGUACGGAGCCAGGUAGUCCAUCUUGUCGGCGACCCUGUGUCCUUCUUCUCCUCCUCCGACAUGUCGCCCAGCCGCAGCGACCGCCGGUCCUCCGCGGCGCGGCGGACCUGCUCCUCGACGGGGCGGCCGGCGCCCUCCUCGGGAGCGGCCGCGCGGCGCGCCGCCGAGCGCCUCGGUCGCCCCGAGGAGGCCCCGCCCUCGAGCGCGCUCGGCCGCGGAACGGGCUCGAGGUCGGGGUGGAGCGAGACGUGAGCGGCGAUCAAAGACGGGCCGCAGCUUGCAGUCGAGUGUGAUUGGAG